AUGAAAGAAAAUCCCAAGAAAAAGAUUGUGGAACCAACUAAUGAAACCGAGCAGAAACCAAACACAAAAGAUCAGAAGGAUAAUGAAGCUUCCGCAUUAAAAGGAAAAGAGAAAGUAGUUGAUGAUGAAGAAGAAGUGGAAGUAUUAUCCGAAGGUGAAAAGCUGAUAAGAAAGAAGCAAGGUGUUGAACUUGAUAAUCUCUUGAGAGUUUGCCAAGUGUUAGAAGCAAAGAACACUGAAGCCGACAUUGCGAAAAAGUAUAAGCCCAUCAUAGCUCAUCUUAAGAGAAUGUUGAUUUGCUACAUUCAAGAGUUUGCAAAAAUGGAUGUUGAAAUCACAGCUAUGCUGAAAAAGAAACUGUUUAUGCAACCAAAAGAAGAAUCGAAGGAUCUAAAUAAGAUGAAGCUGGGAUAA